UGUGCGUUGAUAUCAACGCACAGCCGAAACCGCUGCGCUGGUCCAAUUCCAAAUUUGGCACGUAGGUUCCUUUAUCUUCUUUAUUCUUUAAAUUUUCCUCCGAAGGGGGUGAAAUGGGGGACCAAAGUUUGAGAAAACAAGAUUAUUUUGAUUAUUUUAUUCGAAACUUCAAAGGGAAUACCCGUAGACCCCUAAACAUAUCUAUAGGUAUGAUUUUAGUACGCGGGCGAAAGCGAGGGCAAAAGCUAGUAUAUCCAUAUCUUACAUCGUUUUCAUCCUGUAACUACAAUCCACAUGCAUUUUGAAUAACACAGAAUUUUGUCCUGUGAACACUUGAAAUACAAAGAUUUUGAAAUUAAGGAUAAGGUAAUUAUCUAAUAAAAUAUUAUAGUUAGGCAUAGUAUAAGGUUGUAAAUCAAUAAAGUGCUUAUCAGAAUUAUUAGUUCAAAUUGUUUUACUAAGCCACGAGAUUAAAUAUAUCAUGUAUAUAUAUACGCGGUAAGCUCUGUUCAAUAAAUUAGAAGAAUUUCAGCAGUGUCUAAUACGCCACGGUUGACGGAUUUAAUUCUUCAUAAAAUAUAUCGUGAAUAUGGUAUUGUUUAUAGCAGUGGUUGUUCUUUUAAUAUUAAUAUACUACUAUGGAACUCGAAACUACACUUAUUGGUCUAAGCGAGGAAUCAAGCACGAUAGGCCCAUCCCAUAUCUUGGCACGGCCAAACGACAGCUCUUUUUUCAAACCAGUCACUUUGAAAUCUUUGAAGAGAUGUACUGGAAAUACCCGCAAGAAAAAUACGUCGGGUACUACUAUGGGACCACACCGCUUAUCAUCCUGAGAGAUCCAGAAUUAGUUAGGCGGUUUUUAGCAACAGAUUUCAGCCACUUCUACUCAAGAUCAAUGUUUCCCCUACAUGGUAAGCCGGAGCCAAUAAUGAAUAACCUGUUCUCUUGCGAGGGAAAUUUGUGGAGAUUUCUUCGACAGAAAAUGACACACGCAUUUUCAUCUGCAAAAUUAAGAGCCAUGUAUCCUCUUAUUAUUUCUAGAACAGAUAAAUUACGGCAGCUUGCUACCGAAGCUUCCUUGAAAGGUACAGAAGUAGAUGUUCUAGAACUUAUGGCGCGUUAUACAACCGAUUUUAUAGGAUCUUGUGGCUUCGGACUCGAUCCAGAAGCUUUAAACGACGAAAAUUCGAUGUUUAGACGUGUGGGACAUCGCAUAUUCCACACCACCACUCGUGAUGCGGUUGUGAUGUUCUGUAAAAUAAUGAUGCCCGGUUUAUUCAAGAACUUUCAUUACUUCCCCGAGUUUGUGGAGAAGAAUAUGCUUGAACUUGUACAAGGCAUAAUUGCUCAGAGGGGUCAUAAGUCAUCAGGUAGAAACGAUUUCAUAGAUUUGCUUCUGGAAGCGAAAGAAAGAGGAGAUAGUUCGGGGUACACUUCAUUUGAGACAAAUCUCAGUGAAACUCCACGUCUAGAGGAUCUGGAGUUGACUGAGGAGCUGAUGGCUGCCCAAGUUUUCGUGUUUUUUGGCGCGGGGUUCGAGACGUCUUCGAAUUCAUCCAGCUACAUGCUACAUGAGUUAGCACAUCAUCCUGAAUACCAAAAGAAGUGUCAAGAGGAAAUUGAUGAAGUGCUCGCGCGAUAUGACAAUAAAUUGUGUUAUGAUGCUAUCAACGAAAUGAAGUUCCUGGCUAUGUGUUACAGCGAAACGCUCCGAAUUUUCCCAGCUGCUGGUUUACUGAUACGUAAAUGUGAUAAACCCUACGUAAUCCCUGGCACUGACAUACCCCUGGACCCUGGAGUAAAGGUGGUGGUACCUGUCAGGGCCUUACACAGAGAUCCUUUAUACUGGGAGGACCCUGACGAAUUUCGUCCGGACAGAUUUCAUACGGAUAACAUGGCUAAAAUCAAUAACAAUAUAUAUUUGCCGUAUGGAGAUGGACCUAGGAGAUGUAUAGGAGAGCGUCUCGGCAUCAUGCAAUCCCUGGCCGGCCUGGCCGCGGUGCUCAGCGAAUUCUCCGUGGCCCCUGGAAAGAGCACCGUGCGGCAUCCACCCCUGGACCCAUCCGUGUUUCUGGUGCAAAGCGUGAUUGGCGGCUUACCGCUUAUAUUGCACCCUAGAAAGAAGAACUUGUGAUAUGUAUUCAAUUGGAUCAAAGUGAUAUGCAAACAAUUCGACCAAAACUAAUUUAGGCUUCCAUUAUCAUUCAGUCAAAAAUGUUUCAUUUAGAAAAGUAGGCUUGUGUCGUUCACGAACUAUGAACUGUUAGGAAUAAAAUCCCAUC